AUGAAUAAGAUUGAUCAUAGACAGUUUGAUCCAAAGGUAACUGAGAGGAUAUAGGUUGAGCAGGUAAAGAACAUAGUAGUUCAACAUUAGUUUGAGGAUGGAAAAAUUUAGAAGAAAAAUAACUUAUUAGGCUCAAUCCUACAUGAAUCUCUACUUACUAGAAAUCAGAAAAUUGCAAUCGAGAAUUAGCGAGCGAAGAGCUAGCUUAGAAAUCAUUAAGCUAAAAUUGAUAUUGAUAAUGAGGAUGAUCAGUCUGAGAAAAGGUCUCCCUCACCAUCCAAAAGAAAAUUAACUAAGGUCUAACUGCUUGAUGAAAUACAGUAAAACGAUGACAUGGGUUUUAUUCCACCCAGAACUAUCUCAAGGUUGCAGAGAAUAAGGCAGAUUACAUUUGAAUAAUUUGAGAGAUAAUUUAUUAAGUCUUCCAAUAAUACGAUUGUGAAAUUGCCAGCACAUCUUGACUAUUUUAACUUUAAAAGAGAGUAAAACGCUUAGGAGUUAGUAAAGAAAAUUCUUAACGGGGAGUAUGACUUGGACGAGGAGGAAAAAAGGCUCAAUGAAUUAUUGUAUAGCACAAUGAGUAAGUCAUAACUGAGUGGCAUUAAAAUCAACAAAGACGAUAAGAAAGUAAAUAAGGCUAUGUUUGUUUAGGCUAGGGCCUAUUCAACUAACAAAAAAAUGGCCGAUACUUAAAAUAGUAAUGAUAUUCCUUGGAUUACUCAGCCACCUAAGAUCCAAAAAAAGGCAAAGAAACAUAACAAAAUUACUUUUGGCUAAUAGUAAUAAGAGAAUAAUCUUUUAGAUUUAAAUGAAGUCUUUGAAAAAGGAGAAAAUCAGAUGCUUAUGAGUCAUGAUUGGAGCUUGAAAAAGGAUAUCAGUCCAAGUAGAAGAGUUACUUUUAUCAAUAAAAUCAAUAACUCGAUAAUUUCUAAUAAUUCCCAAUCUCCCAAUAGGAUGAAUAAUGAGUAUGUAAAAUCGGUGGUCAAGGAUAUUAUUACCAAGUCUAAUGAGUAGAUUAAGAUUAAUCCUAUGAAAUUCGAGUAAAUGAAAGAAAUUGAUAGUUAAAAGAGUAAAUUCGGGAAAGGAAUCAGUAAGUAUUUGGAUUACUAAGACAACACACGAGAAGCAUUUGAUAAAAAUAAUUAGUCAAUUCUUGAAAUUAUUUAAGAGUCAGAGUUUGCUAAGAAGUAGAACAGAGAAAAUUUGACUGGAAGAGAGGUUAUAGAGAAAGUGAGGUAAGAGAACUUCAGCAACUCAGUCUAUGUGAAUUUCCUAGGCAAGGGUAAGAUAUGGAAGCCAGAUAAGUCAUAUAUUUUAUCUGGCAGAAAAAACAAGGUCCUUAACUUAUAAAUGACUAAUUAAAAUGUUUAAUAUUAAAAUGGAAUUUAAAAAAAGAUUAAGUAUUGGCCAUUCUUAUAUAAAAUAAUCUUAAGUCAAUUCUAAUAAAAAGUCUUUUUCCAACAGAAAAGACUAUUGAAACAAAAGUAUAGAUAGGUUUGA